UUCAAGUCAAAUAUGAAAUCCAUAAAAUGUGUUGUGGUUGGUGAUAGGUAUAAGUGAAACAAAUCGGUGUAGGUACAUUAUUUCAUUGCUAUGUUCGUUAUAGUGCCGUAGGUAAAACAUCUAUGCUUUUUUCUUAUUCGUUCAACACUUUUCCUAUAUAUAUACCGGCAAUUUUUGAGAAUAACUCUGCUAAUGUAAUGGUAGAUGACACACCUAUUCUUCUAAUCCUCUGGGACACUGCCGGUCAAGAAGACUACGAUAGACUUAGGCCCUUAUCCUAUCCAAAAACUGAUGUGUUCCUUAUUUGUUUUUCAUUAGUUAGUGCAAUUUCUUACGAUAAUAUCAAGACAAAGUGGUUUACUGAAGUGAAAUAUCACUGUCCAAACACUCCCAUUAUACUAGUUGGCACGCAACAAGAUUUAAGAGAGGACAGAACGCCAAAUGAUAAUAUUGGAGAAGUUGUCACUUAUCCACAAGGUGUGGCAUUAGCAAAAGAUAUAAACGCAGUCAAAUAUUUGGAAUGUUCCGCAUUGACUUAAAUUGGACUCAAAGAUGUAUUCAAUGAAGCUGCUAGGGCUGUACUGUGUCCGGCAAAAUGUUCCAAAGAUUGGAGCUGUCAGGUUGUAUAAGAAAGGAAACAACAUAGACCCAUUCGUUAACUAAAUUAUUUCGAGAUGUACGGAUGGCAAUGAAAAUACAUAUUCACAGUUAUAAAUGAAAUUUAGGCAUUUUUAUUCCAAAAAAAAAAGGAACAGAGUGGUGGCUUUAUUAUCAAUUUCUCCACUGACUGUCUAAUUAGUGCAAAUUCAAGACGGAGUAGUUUAUUCAGUCAGAGCAUGGAUAGGCUAGUUGUAGUAACUACCCAAAAUGUGCCAACAAGAAAUCAU